AUGCACGCAGUGGUGUCAAAUGACCACUGUGGUCUUUCUAGUGAUGCAGAAUUAAGAGACAUGGGUCAGACAGAAGACUUCGCGCGUCGGUCGCCCGAGCAACCUCUACCUCCGCCAAUACAACCUUGCAGCGGUUUUCUCGGCAAUGUGAGUCCGGUAGAGGAGCGUAUAGCUGAUGUCAUGGCUAACGGUACCAUGGGAACCUGCUUCAGCAACCCGUUCCAUGUGAUUAAUAAUGAAGCAAUGGGUAUCAAUAGUGACAUUAUUGCUCCAACCGGUCCGCUUUGA